AUGAGCUUCGCGUAUGGAGUCCAAUACCCAGGAUAUGCCCCGGCGUAUCCUGUCAGUUAUGCACCAGUUGCAUACCAGCCGCAACCGCAAGCGGCGCAACCGCAAGCACAGCCGGCACAGGCGGCACAGGCCUACCAGGCCUUGGGCUUUGCCGCGCCGGCCCAAGCGCAAAGUGCGAAAGCUGCGCCUGCGGAGAGCUCGGGAGCCUCUCGGCUGGUGGUGUCAGGCUGUAGACAUGAGACGGUGGCCCAGAUUGUUCGUGGUCACUUUACCAGGGAGGGAGAGAAUCAUGGCCACCCGGUGUUCAAGAAAGAGUCCCAGUGGAAUGGCUUGGACGUGAUGAUUUAUUUCUGGGAUGAGCGCGAUGGCCCGAGCUUCUCCGGCUGGUGGUUCGGGCCGAAAGUGGGCGGCGACCAGGUCUGGGCCUACCAACCAGACAAAGAGUCGGAGCCCCCUGCAAGCGGCUGGCGAGUUCCCUACGACGGCCCUGUGGACAACACCUUCAUCCUCUACCCCGCACCAGGAGCUGCCCCCACUCCGACUCCGACUCCUGCAGCCUACAAUCCGAAUCCCACCCCCACUGUGGUGCCUCCUCCCGCAAGCUAUGCGAGCGCUGCUGCAGCCCCUGCAGUCCACACCCCGUCACCCUGGGAUGCACAACAGGCCGCUCUCCAAGCCCAGCAGGCGGCCCAGCAGGCCCAGCAGCGCGAGAGGGAGCAACGUGAGCGGGAGCAGCGAGAGAGGGAGAUGAGGGAGAUGCAGGAGAGGCAACAGCACCAGAUGGAGGAGAGGAGAAAGAUCGAGGCCAGGAAAGCUGAGGAGAUGAGACGGAGAGAGGCUGAGGCCUUGCAGCGGAAGGAGCUGGAGAAGGCACAGAAGGCACAGCAGGAGAAGGCACAGCAAGAGCUUGAGAAGCGCCGCCUGGAGCAGCGUUCCGUCUUAGCCAUACGCCGACAGAUUCAGAAAGUGCGCAUUGCCACCCCAGAAACUUUGGAUGCCUUGGAGAAGGAGCUCCAAGAUUUGCUGCAGACUGCGGCCGCUGAGUCGAGUUUGGGCUCGCAGGCAGACACCGUGAAGGAGGAGGCGGCCUGUGGCUUGGAGGCCGCAAAGAAGCGCUGCGAGACUUUGAAGGAAAUGAAGCGAAAGCAACACGAGGAGGAGGAAAAGGCCAAGGCCUUUCUUGCGGAGCUCCUUCGUCGCUUAGACCAUGCCGAGGGAGCUGUGAAGGACCUGCACGCAAUCCUCGCAGAGCACCUGGAGGCAAAAGCGGAGCCUGGCCCAGCGGAGCCCGAGCCCGCGACUUCCACGACGGAUGAGAAGUUUAAGCCUUUCCCAGCUGCGGUGCUCAGCGGCUCGCUCCGAGUGGAGAGCUUGGUGAAAGCUAUGGAGCUGGCACAAAGCGCAAGGUCUGCAGCUCGGAAGGUUGAAGAUGCGGCCGUGGAGUGCGGCACCUUUGCACAAGCAAACUCCAAGCUGAAGGAAGAGCUCAAGGACUCCGCGGAAGCUGCGGAGGUCUUGCGGAAAGUUCCCCUCUACCUCCUGCGCCUCCAAGCAGCCCAGCAGACUUCGGAAGCCUACGUCCAGGCCACCUUGGCCUGCGAGAAGAACAUGAGGCGCCGCGAGGAGUCCAAGAGGGAGGCGGAGCGUCGCUCGGCUUUGUUCCGUUCCUUCGACCGCGACGGGGACGGGCGGCUCCAAGAGGCCGAAGCGCUGCAACUGGCGAGGACGCUGCUCUCUCAGACGGAGACCCAGACCAGUGCCUCCAAGGUGUCGGAGAAGAGCUUGAAGGAAAUCGUGAGGGCUGCUCUGGAAGAGGAUGGUACCGUUCAGAGCCUUUCUUUGCUGUCCAGCUGCGUUGGGUCCUUCCGUGAGAUGCAGCGUGAUGGCCGGCGGCGCUUGGCCAGGGAGGCACGUGCGAAGCUACUCGCGAGCUUGCAAAGCAAGUGGCGCAGGCGGGUUCAGGAGCUUGAGGCCUCCACGGGAAGUCAAACGGAAGACACCUUGAAGGAGGUGGAAGCUGCCGUGGCCCCUCUUCUCACAGAGACUGGGAGCCCUCCAGGCCAGAUGCAGACACGGUCCAAGCACUGCGAGACAUUGAUUCAGAAAGGUCAGGAAAAAGCAGAAGAUUUUGAGAAGAAAGUGCAGCAGCUCCCUGUGGCUUUUCGGAAGGAGGUGAACUCCAAGCAAGUGAAGGCUUCGGAGCUUGAGGAGAUCAUGGCCCCGCACCAGAAAAGGCUUGCGCUGCGCCUGGGGCGCACAGGGCAGCGCUUGGAAAGAGCCAAAAGGCUCACCGAGCUCUUCCGAGCCAAGGUUGCUCGGAAAGAGAACGAGGCCAUCGACCUUGCCAGGGGCAAGCUCGCUUCUGCCCUGAGAGCUUAUGCCAAGACCCAGAACUUCUCUGCCAAGCAGCUCUUCCACUCCAUCUCCGACUCCGACAUGACCGAAGAAGCUUUUCUGGAGCUUUGCAGGAAAGCCGAGGUCGAGACUGCCGAGACGGAGUUGGCAUCCAAAGUCUUCCACCGGGCACUCCCCGAAGAUGCAGAGACCUUGCCACUUUCUGCCUUCGAGCGCCUGCUGAGAUCCUUCUACAAGGUCAUGCAGCAGACGCCUUUCACCGAGGAAGCCGAAGUGAGUGGUGACAACGCCAAAGUCCAGCUGCAAAGCGGGCAAUUCCUGGAAGCACUCGAGCCGGCGGAUCCCAAGGAGGUCGAUGAGGUGGGGGAGCGACUUCGCCUCCGAGCGCGGGAUGGCUCCGAGGGCUGGGCGACUCUGGCGCACUUGCGUCCGGUGGCGGUGGGCCCCGCCUACGCCCUUCGCCGACGCUCGCCUCUCCUCGAAACGGAGGACCUUAAGAGUGAGAGCAAGGAGCUGUUGCUGGAGGGGGAUGUCGUGGAGCUCUUCAAGGAAGAGGGCAAAGAGCUGCUCGAUGACAAGGAGGCCAAGCUCAAGGUGGUCUUCGGCUCCGUCCGAACCCGUUCUGGCAAAUACGGCUGGAUCGCCCAUUCCGAUCAAGUCCUCCAGCCCCUCUGA